AUGGACAACGAAAAGGACACCCUCCCGGCCUACACUAGGUUCUCAACCCCAAAGCUAUCAUGGCGCGUUCCUCCUACCAGCAUGCGAACACCAGAACAGCAAUUCGAGUUGGACCUCGAGGCCGUGAAGAAUGACGGUGAGCUCGCAAGGAUUCAGGCAGAGUCCGACGAAGAGACGAGACGGAUUAAGUUGGACCUCGUCUUCCUUACCAUCAAACUCCUCAUCUUCACUGUCGCGGCAGUGUAUAUCCUUGGGUUUGUUUCAGAAGUACUCGCUACCCGCGCGUCAGAAGUCAAGGCGGUGGUGAAGGCUACUCCAGCUGCAAAGGUAUGUCUUGGUUUGCAAAGGGAGGAGAUUGAUGAAAAGAUUGACCAGGCGACCAGACAAGCCAUGGGUUUGUAG